UUGAUUGGGCGGUGCCUGAAUGUCAAAGUGGCAGACUUUGGCCUCUCCCGGGUGAUGCAGCUGGGUCGGGACGACUCGGAUGCCUACUACCGGAUCAAGACGCGACAGCCCAUGCCCUUGCGCUGGAUGGCGCCCAGUACCAUUGUGGAUCGAAAGUUCACCUCCGAAUCAGAUGUGUGGAGCUAUGGCUGCUUACUCUGCGAAAUGUGGAGCGCUGGCGAGAUGCCUUUUAAUGAUUUGGACGAUCAGCAAGUCGUGGAACGCCUGUUGGCAGCCUAUGCUGGUCGGGUGCCUGAGAACGAACCGGUCUUGGCCAGCCCAAAAAGCUGUCCUCCCUUGAUUGAUGCCUUGAUUCAGUCGUGCCUGACCGUCAAUGGCGAACUACGACCCAACUUUAUCGUGUUGCGUCGU